AUGAUCUCGCCUCUUCAUCUAUCCAUACUUUUCCUGAUAACCAUUGCACAAACGCAGAGCAAUGCUGAACCAUCCUCGAAUACUGGAAGGUGUUCAUGCGAUCUUAACAGAGGUACGUGUGAUGUAUCUUGCUGUUGCGAUACGGACUGUUCCACGAGUGAUUUACAAGCUUUGCAUUGUUAUACACAACAAGAUCAAGAUGCGCGAUUAGAAUCCAUUGUUCAUACAACUUGUUUCAAGGAUCUGCCCUUAUACCAAUCGAACUCUCCAUAUGUUAUUCGGAAAGAAAAUGGUUUUGUUUGUAUUGAUCAGGAGAAAAGUAUUAAUUACACAUUCUAUCAACAACAACUCAAAGACAAGAUGGAUGCGAAUGGUUUUACACGAGCCAUCAGCUUGGAUAAUAGCGUGUCAUUAUCACCCAAAAUACCAACUAGUCUAACUGGAUAUCAAGCAGGUACUUCAGUUUUCAAAUACUUUCCAGCAAGCAACGUGUCCAGCACGUUUUCUCUUCCAACCGGAACCUCCACCAAUGCACCAUGUUCGAGCACUCGCACGAUCACUUAUAUGAACGAUUUUUCAUCAACAUGCACUCAACAAGUCACUCAGCAGACGUGUACAAUUGCACUGAAUCCUGCUGUCUAUCUAACAAGCUUCUCUCUUGUUACGAAUCCAACAACUCUCACGGACGCCAGUGUUACAACGAUAAGUUGUGGUAUUUCGCCCGCUGCUUCGCCCGCUGCUUCUACUUGGACGUCGCCGACCUGCACUGGUGCGCUCCAAACUUUAAACUUGGUCAUCUAUUACACUAAUCCAACUGGUAUACAGAGUUGUAAUGGUACCUAUACUAUGGCUGCUGCAAGUAGUACACUGCAACAAACGUUUACCGUCAAGUUUGUUCGCAGUGGAAACGCAUCAUCCCCAGUGUCACGAAGUGGAAAUCCAGGUUAUAUACAGAGAGCUGCUGUCCUAGCUGGUACUGCAAAUGGCAACACUAUUACAGAAUCGGAUUUUACUAUUCCUCAGUCAAGCGAUUCUUGUUCAAGUAUAGUGCAACGAACGGUCCGUUUUGGUCAAAAUACACAAUCUACAUGUUCACUUCAAAUCAAUGCUAGUGCAGCAAACUGUCCAAAUAUCAACGACGUCACAAAUGUCCUUAUGCCAAUCAAUGCUACUGCGCUUCGUAUAGCUGCUUCUGGCAGUCCCGAUUCAUCCACUAUCUCCUCGCCUUGGCUAUCUGUAACCUAUUGCGCAUCUGAAACUGGAUCGACUUCUGGUGCUGUAUGCCAACAAAAUUCCAUUCCCACUUGGACUAUUGGUCAAUGCUAUGAUCGAGUGGAUAUUCAAAUCGCAUAUGCUAAUAUCGGCUCUGUCAGUAAUCCACAACCAAUCAUUGGUGCGGUUGUCUUUCAUUAUCAAAGAUCUACGAUCACCAAUACCACAUUACUUUCGAGUUCGUUGCUUUUAACUCGAACUGUUACAUUUCAAGAUGUAUCGAAUUGGCCCGUCACACAAGGAGAUCAUCUGCCUAAACCUAAUACACGUUUACCAGGUGAUUUCUUCUAUGCAUUUUUUCGUAAUCAGGCAACGAUCCUAAAUCCCUUAUCAUUAUUUGUACCUCUACUGAUCAAUAUGUUGCUAAUGUUUGUUCUCAUGUAG